AUGAGUCCACCGCGGAGACAGGAAGAACAAGAGAUGUCGCAAGGAGAUAGCGCACCUGAUUCAAUCCCAGAUAUCAACGGUGAGGACCUGCGGCAAUUCACUCGUUCUCCGCACCCAUACCGCCGCAGCAGACGCCCCCUGUCACGAACUCCGUCUGAGCAAGCCAGCGGGCUGCAGCCACAAUCAGCCUACUAUUCCAAGUCAUCGCGCACUCCGAGCGACAGCGGAACCGAAGCAGAUGACGAGAGUACGGGCAUAUUACGAGGCCUCCCCGCGCCGCCGCUGCGGCCGCGGAAAGGUCUACGGGUUGGGAAUGGGAGUGCGGAAACUGAUGGGUGGCUACCCACGCUCCACCCAUGGCCCUCGUUAGUACGGCGGUCGAGCCGGGGUUCACGGCACAGCUCAGAAGAGGAAGCUAUCGAGGAGGCUAUGGAGGCAAAAAAACGUGGUCGGAAGCGUCGGGUUGAAGUCUUGCGACGCUUGCUUGAGACUGCCCUUUUGCUGUCCGUGGGGGCGAUAGUUUUGCUGCGGAGGGAUUCACGAAUGCUUGCUUGGGAGUGGAGAAAAGAACUUGCUACUCAUGGCCUUUUGCUCGCCGCUCUUUUCGCUUCAUACCCGGUCUUGCUCCCCGUCUCGUGGAAACCACGGUGGCAGGUGUGGCCAGCCAAAGAUCCGUUCUUCGUUAUUCCAACCACAUUCGACCCUGCGCCGCUUCUCUAUCCAGCCCUUAUACCCGUUUUCGUUUCGAUUUCUCUGUCUCACCACACACCGGCCUUGAUUCUGCCAAAUAUCGUUCUGAGCCUUUCCUCCCUACCAACGCCCGUCAUUCCGUUAUACAACUGGAUCAAUGGCUUUAGUCUCACCCACUGGCUAGUCACAUUGAUCCCGAUCCUGAUAUCAGAACAUUUUUCUCUCGACCAUACAGUUCCAAAACCGCUGACGCUUCGCGGUCACGAUGCCGAAUUGCUCACACUUCUUUUUCCUUUCCAUCAAGCGUUGAUACCCACUUUAGACUUUUUGUUGACAACCAGUGUCCUUCCAGCCGAGCUGCAGCUAUUGAGCAGCGCACUAAUAAAUCUGUACUUAUUUGCGGCGUCGCCACAGGCGGAAAUUUUGAAAGCGUUGCUGUGGCUAGGGGGGCAUGUCUGGAAGUUUCGUCGUUCGCUGAGAAGCUCUCAGUCACCCCGGCGGUUCUUGAACAUGGUGGACCAUCGGCUGUGCCAGAAGCUGAGCGGGACCGGCUUCUCAGAUGAGCCUACCUCGGACAGCGAUGGACCAGGCGCAGUCCCCCCGCGCAAGCCCAAGACGGUGCGUGGGCCGCCACAGUCACGGAAGCCUGUGGACUCGUUGCUCCUCGCUGGAAAUUUGUCAGCAGAAGAAAGCCUGGAGCGCCAGGACGAGGCCGCGCGCAGGCAACAGCGGCGGCGCCAUACCAUCGCCACUUUUGACGAGGCUGUACAGGAAGAAAAAGUGCGCACUACACCGAGUGGACGACGCAAGAAGUUGAUGGGGCCUGGUCUUACCUCGUUUCUGUCUCUCACCGCAGCUCAAGCCCAGGUCCGCAAAUGGCUAUAUGCUUCCUAUGUCUACCUGAUUUCGCUUGGUAUUAUUAUAGGGCCCAUCCGCAAGUACGUGGCGGAUCGGGCUCUACAAGGGCAGGAUCCAUUUGGCUGGGCCAUUGGAUACCUGCUAGGCAACCUCUCCGCAUUCCGAUUCUGGCAAAGGACUCCUGUUGGCUUGGGCGGGAUUGACCAUUUACGCCAGACAUUCUUUGGACCCGCCAACGCCCGUCUCCUCAUCAUUGGAUACUGUGUCGUUGUUUUGAUCCUUGGAUUGGCAGUGGUUUUCCAACUCAGCGCAGUCGUCGAGGUAGAUACUCGGCGCAAAGUCUUCCAUGGCAUGAUGGUGCUGAUGUUUCUGCCUACCGUUUUUGUGGACCCGGCUUUCUGCGCCCUCGCCCUCUCCCUCGUCCUAGCGGUCUUUCUGCUUCUAGAUCUUUUCCGUGCCUCGCAGCUGCCGCCCAUAUCGCGCCCCUUGACUUAUUUCCUGGCGCCAUACGUGGACGGCCGCGAUCAUCGCGGACCUGUCAUUGUCUCUCACAUCUUCCUCCUAAUCGGGUGCUCGAUCCCGCUUUGGCUAUCGCUGGCAGAUUUAGCCCGAAAUGACGAUGGUGCGUGGCCCGGCUGGGACGUCCCCUCGCGCGACGUUAGCAUGGUGAGCGGUGUGAUAUGUGUGGGGAUGGGCGAUGCAGCUGCGUCGCUCGUUGGUCGCCGAUAUGGUCGACUGAAGUGGUUCUGGGGUGGCGGCAAGUCGCUUGAAGGGAGCGUGGCCUUUGCGGUGGCCGUCUGCACCGGCUUGUUGGCAGUUCGUGCCUGGCUGGUAAUCGGGGGGUGGCCUGCCGAAUCAGCCUGGGGUUCCACAUCAACAUUUCGAUUUUGGGUGUGGACGACCUGCAAAGCCGUAUUAGCGGCAGGCGGAACGAGCGCCACCGAGGCGAUCCUCACUGGCUGUAAUGAUAACGUCGUGGUGCCCGUGGUGCUGUGGCUGCUUGUGCGGGGACUCGGGGUCUGA